AUGUGUUCACGUUGGUGGAUUAUAGUGAUCUUUUUAUCGAUAUUUCUGACCAUUGAAUGGCAAACAUAUGAUCGUUGUACUUCGUCGUGUGUCCUUGUCAAUGCAGAUUCAUUAAAUAAUCCUGCUCGACAGCAACGUAUCGUUCAUGUUCUUGUGAAUUCUAAUAAAGAGAGACAUGAAUUGAGAAAUGAAGCUCGUCCAUUCGAAUACAUUUGUAUGCCAAGUACAGCAACAAUCAUUUCUUCAAGAUCUACCAUCAUAAUAACACUUCUUAUUAGCAUGUGGACUGUGAUGCAUGCUGUUUGGAAUUUCCAUUAA